AUGUUCUCUGCAGUUGGUAAAACCGGUCCGACGGAAUCGUGGCCUGUCCUGGGCGCCGCACAACAAGCCGAAGCCUUCUUAGCGUCGCCCGACUACGACCCGGCCCAGAAUCGCUGGUUUCGAACACAUCCCAGGGCAACCCAUCUGGUGUGUGCAGGAGGGAACGACAUCUACUUCAACUUCAAGCAGGAUGGCUCGGUCAAGUUUCUGCUGAACGCUGAGGCGCAUAUCAAGACCACCGCCGACUCUAUCGUGAGUGUGGCCCGAUACUUACUGUCGCAG